CUAGAACUUUAGAGAUGUUGUAACCGAACUUCGAAUUUAGUUCAAAGACGACUUACCCAAGUCCGACUCACGUAAGUUAGUAAGUUCUGUUUAUAAAUACGAUACUCUCCCGUUUUGAUAGCUGGGUAAAUUGUUCUGUAGGAUAUAGCCCAAAAAAAGGAAGAAGAAUUCCUUGAGUUGUCAAUUUUGUAGGUUAUGUCAUGCCCUUUUUUGGUGUUUUUAAAUGAAUUUAGGAUAUUAUAAAUUUAGAGCACUAAGGAAAAAUAUACGAUUAGGAAACGACUCUUUAAAAUAGACCAAAUUAAUAGCAUUCUAUUAUUUCAUUUAGAAACACUUUGACCAGCUCUUAGAAAAGAAUUUACUGUUACUAAUUUGAAUAUCAUAUUAAAAUGCAGAACCCCAACGACGAUACAGAAUGGAACGAUAUUCUAAGAGAAAAGGGAAUUAUUCCUCAAAAAGAAAAGGAAGUAACUGAAGACCAAAUUGUAUCUAUGCUGGAGGAGACCAUAGAAAAGAAAACCUCAACUGGUAAAAAUUUAUCAGAACUUGACUUAGACGAGCUGGAUGAAUUGGAAGACUCUGAAGAUGAGGGUAUAUUACUUGAAUACAGGAAUAAAAGGAUAGCUGAAUUAAAAGCUUUAGCUGAAAGGCAAAAAUUCGGAUUUGUUGGAGAAAUUUCAGCGCAGGAGUAUAUUCAAGAGGUCAAUAAAGCAGGAGAAGGUAUUUGGGUAGUUUUGCAUCUUUACAAACAAGGAAUACCUCUAUGUGCAUUAAUGAACGAAUACAUGAAAAAUCUGGCUGCCAAAUACCCCACAGUAAAAUUUUUGAAAUCUAUUUCAACAACCUGCAUACCAAAUUACCCAGACAAAAAUUUGCCUACAAUAUUUGUUUAUUUUGAAGGCGAUAUGAAGAAACAACUUGCAGGCCCUUUGGAAUUUAGGGGUCCUAAUCUUACUCAAGAUGAGUUCGAAUACAUUAUUGGCAAAACUGGUGCAAUAGAAUCGAAUAUUAAGGAAGAUCCAAGGCCAAAAAUUAAGGAUAAGAUGUUUUCAGAUCUGGCAGACACCAAUGACUGGUAGUUCAGAAGAAAAAAUGAUUUUUUUUUCAAUGCAUUAACAAGCUUCAAUUUUUACAAAUAUUGUACAAGCAUUUUUAAAUGUUUAUAUAUUUAAUAUAUUUAUUGUUUUUUUAUGAAGGAACAUAA